AUGACCGACAGAUAUUCAUUUUCAUUGACCACUUUCUCUCCCAGUGGUAAAUUAGGUCAAAUUGAUUACGCACUAACUGCAGUUAAACAAGGUGUUACUUCAUUGGGUAUAAAGGCCACCAAUGGUGUAGUAAUUGCCACAGAAAAGAAGUCCUCCUCACCAUUGGCCAUGUCAGAAACACUCUCGAAAGUAUCCCUAUUGACACCAGAUAUUGGUGCGGUAUAUUCUGGUAUGGGUCCUGAUUACAGAGUUCUAGUGGAUAAAUCGAGAAAGGUUGCACAUACAAGUUAUAAACGAAUUUAUGGAGAAUAUCCUCCUACAAAGUUAUUGGUUUCUGAAGUCGCCAAAAUAAUGCAGGAGGCUACACAGUCUGGUGGUGUUAGACCCUUUGGUGUUUCGCUACUAAUCGCUGGUCAUGACGAAUUUAAUGGAUUCAGUUUAUAUCAAGUGGACCCUUCCGGUUCUUACUUCCCUUGGAAGGCGACUGCCAUAGGAAAAGGUUCUGUCGCUGCAAAGACUUUCUUGGAGAAGAGGUGGAAUGAUGAAUUGGAACUAGAAGACGCUAUUCAUAUCGCCUUACUAACGCUGAAGGAAUCGGUAGAGGGUGAAUUCAAUGGUGACACCAUUGAAUUGGCUAUCAUCGGUGAUGAAAACCCUGAGUUGCUAGGCUACACUGGUAUUCCAACCGAUAAAGGUCCAAGAUUCAGAAAACUAACUUCUCAAGAAAUAAAUGAUAGAUUAGAAGCUUUGUGA